AUGUCGUCUCCCUUGAAGCCCAUCGAGCCAAAGACGCCGCGCUGGGAGCCUACUCUGGACCCUCGCGCAAUUGUCGUCCCAGGUCUCGAUACCUCCGCGCCAGUCAACGAUCAGAUCGAGCAGAUUGAGCAGCUCAUCACAAUCAAGCUACAGAAUAUCGACGCCAACUUUUCUAAAAUGCAGCAUGUCAUGGCGAACAGGAUACUGCCUGCGGUGAAGCGGUAUGCAGUGGGAACGGAGCCUGUUCGCGAGGCCGCUAGGUUUUGGACCACAUUCUUUGAGCAAGCGGCACAGAUACGCGUUCCUACGUAUGAAGAGUACAACUCCACGCAAGAACACGAGCAAGAGGAGAGCUCGGACGCGGAAGUGGGCUCCGCGGAGGCCUCAGAAUCGGCCGUGUCGGAAGGAGAGACCAUUCCCACCCGUUCUCAACAUUCCUUCAACUCAGAUGGAUCAUCAACCGAUGUCUCAUUCUUACCUCAGGCUGCGCUUUCUUCAACCCCAGCUACUUCAUCCCGACACCGCAAUAUGCGCGUGCAUGACAGUUUCGCCAGUCAGGAUUCGGAUCCGACACCCUCAUGGACGGCAUCACUUGAAUCACCACUCGUUCAGCUGGAUAGGGAUAUUCGAGACCUUACCGACGAUGACGAGGCAUCGUAUCAAUCCGCGGAAUAUGAUGAAUCUGAAGAGGCCACCCAACGCCCGAUUUCCCUGCCCGGGCUGGGGAACAGAUCUUCGACGCAGCGUGCCGCCGAUAUCGGCAAAUGCAAGGCCAAAGAAGCCCAGCCUCUCCUGAAAAAUAUUCUACGUCGCAAUGCCAGUGAUGCUGAUCGAUCACUGGCGAGCCCUAGGAAAGCUGCCUUCUCACCGCUUAAAGUCAAAUCAAAGACACCCAUCCUCAGGUCCAAAAAUCCUUAUCUUCCUCCAGGGACCAAGCCCGAUGACUGGGGAGGUGUCAUUGAUCUCGCCGAUCCUUCGCUUGCGACCCCUCGGAAGGGCUACGCGCCCUCACCUUCUUUGCGUUCGACUGCGCGUCCUGCAUCGAAGGCACAACCGAAGACACCGCGAUUUGUAGAUGAUGAGUCUUUUGAUGUCGAAUUUGGCAUGUCGCCUCCAGUCACGAUGGACUUUGCUCGCCUGCCAAAGUUGGGUAAGACGCCGAAAAAGGAUGCUGCUGAGCGAAUUUUACAAAGCCUGCUGGAAGUGGAGAAGCGUGGUGUCUUUGGAGGUGCGCGGGGCGCAGUGAUGAGUGGGACGGGGAGCGGCGCGGAGUCGAGUGCGAGCAGCAUGCCAACUCCACCUUCCUUGUCCAGAUACCAUCGGAAGCCUCUUCCUUCAGAGACAAGUGGGAGCGUUGCGGAUGCAAGUUUGGAGAGCAUGAUGCGCCGAGUUGGGCUGGACAUCCCCGGGUUUGGUCAGGUUGCAGCUAAUCAGCCUACAGCCGCGGCUGCUCAAAGCAUAAGUGCGCGCUCUGUUGACAGCGUACCUUCAUCGUCUGCCUUCUCCGCGCCUGUUGCCAGUAGCUCCGGAGUGUCGAGAAUGACUCUCCGACCUCAUUCCCCCCCUGUUGUGGAGGAGGAACCCGAGACACCAGCACCCCCGCAGUACAACUUGAUGCACUUACAGGACGAGGAGCUACAAGAUGAUAUCGACAACGGUGACCCAGAUGACUCGAUGGACUCACUAGAUUACGAAGAGGCGCACAACACUGCGAACCCGUCUGCUGCAUUCAUCAUGGCAUCUCAGCGCGCGUCGUACGACGAUGACGACGAUGACGACGACGACUCGUUUGUGUCGGACAAUGCGGGUGACUUUGUCGAGGGGGAUAGCAUGGAGCCUGUGCACCCUUUUGCGCGUGGGCUGGCGGCAGCGGCGGACUCGUUCGACGAUGACGAUUCGUUCGACGAUGCCGACUGUGAAGGCGAACAGGAAGAGACUGUAUUUGGUAUGCCCCCAGCGCAACGCCUGCAGAUUCCACAUACUAGGGUAUCCGAUCAGAAUCUGAGGAUGCUGGGCGAGGAUUUGUUGCAGGAUACGAUUGGGAUCGGGACACAAAUGGCUCACGCGGGGAGAGUAGAAGAGAGCCCAACUCCGUUUAUGACAACCAGAUGA